AGGACACCCGUUUUCACAGCAUAUUUUCGACGCUGAUCUACCACAAGGCUUUCGCGAUUUGAACAUAAGCUACGACGGGUCGACCGACCCUUCUUGGCAUAUGAGGAGUUUCGAGAAUAUGGCGGUGCUCCAUCGCUACAACAAUCCAGUGCAAUGUCGAGCUUUCCUGGCAACUUUACGAGGUUCCGCUCAGGAUUGGUUCCACCAGUUACCAGCAGGGGCUAUCAAGGAUUUCGAGGGGUUCAGCUCGAGUUUCCUCAAUCAAUUUGCUAGUGUCAGGCCACAUGAGAAGUCGUAUUUAACAUUGAUGGGCAUACAACAGAAAGAAGGCGAGUCGUUACGAGACUAUAUGGUGAUAUACACCCGGGCCUGCGUCGAGGUGCCCAGAGCGUCAGAGGAGAUAAAGGCGGGGGGCUUGACCCGAGGGCUACUGCCAGGUCUGUGUAGGAACUCUUUGGCCAAGCGCCCAGGCAGGACGUUUGAUGAGGUGCUUGGAAGGUGUGCAAAAUAUAUGAACGUCGAGGAAGCAGAGGCUGACUUCUCAGUUUCCUCGACUGGGGAGAGAAAGGGGUCCCCGCGAGCAGAAAGGGAAGGACGGCCCAGAGGUUGGAGGCCGACUCAUUACACCCCCCUGAUGGCUCCACAAGCUAGGAUCUUGGAAGUAAAGGAGAAGGAGAUUCGCGACCAUGUGGUAAGAUGGCCUAAGACAAGGAAUGAUGGACCAACGAGGCCUAAGAGCAACCUAUAUUGUCAAUUCCACAAGGACUACGGACACAACACCGACGAUUGCAGACACCUCAAGGACGAGAUAGAAAGAAAGGUGAAGAUGAUAAGGUUUGUGGUGGUCGAUGUCGAAUCGGCUUAUAACGUGAUCCUCGGGAGACCAGCAUUGAACACUUUCCAAGCUGUGGUAUCGACUUACCAUAUGAAGUUAAAAUUUCCAGUCGGAGAUCGAGUGGGAGAAGCUCGAGGAGAUCAAAAACUAUCCAGAGCGUGUUACCAGGUAGCGGUAAGGACGAACCAACGAACGGAGCCAAAAGAAGGAAAGAAGUUGGGAUCGAAUGAAAAAAGGCCGAGGGGAAGCGAUCUCGAACCACACGGAGAGCUGAUGGAAAUUCAGAUCGGAGAAAGAGAGGACCAAACCACUAAAGUCGGGAAAGAAUUGGAAGACGAAUUGAGGGGGCAGUUGGUGGAAUUACUGAGGGAAUUUAGAGACAUCUUUGCUUUCUCUCCAGAGGAAUUAACAGGAAUCGAUCCGGAAGUCAUGGAACAUAAGCUCAAUGUCGACCCCCUCAAAAAGCCUGUCAAGCAGCGACUCAGACACCAUGGGGCUGAGAUAGACAAAGCAAUCGAGGUCGAGGUGGAUAAGUUGUUAAAAGCCAAGCACAUCAAAGAGAUCCAAUUCCCCGAAUGGAUAUCCAACACUGUAAUGGUGAGAAAAGCAUUGAGCAAAUGGCGUAUGUGUAUCGCCUUCCGCGACCUAAACUUGGCAUGUCCCAAGGACCAUUACCCUCUGCCAAGGAUUGAUCAGCUAGUCGAUUCUACAGCUGGUUGCGAGUUGCUAAGCAUGAUGGAUGCAUCCCAGGGGUACCACGAAAUCCCAUUGGCCCCCGAAGACCAGAGCAAAGUUAGCUUUAUUACAAGUAAAGGGACGUACUGUUAUGUCGUCAUGCCCUUUGGGCUUAAAAAUGCAGGAGCAACGUACCAGAGGUUGAUGGAUCGAAUGUUAAAGUCGCAGAUCGGACGCAAUAUGGAGGUAUAUGUGGACGAUAUCUUGGUAAAAAGUAGGUCCUCGGCCUCACAUGUAGAAGAUCUGAAAGAAGCUUUCAAGACACUAAGGGCUUAUGGGAUGAAGCUGAACCCGAGCAAAUGCGCUUUCGGAGUGAGGGCAGGGCGAUUCCUGGGCUAUAUCGUGACUGAAAAAGGCAUUGAAGUAAAUAAGGACAAGGUGCAAGCCAUACUCGACAUGGCCCAGCCAAAAAAUGUUAGAGAAGUGCAGGUCCUAACGGGUCGAAUUGCAGGCCUGAGCCGGUUCAUAACUCGAGCUGCGGAAAGGAGUUUCCCAUUCUUCAAGUUACUUAAGAAAAAAGCUUUUCAGUGGAAUGACGAGGCUCAAAUGGCAUUUGAAAAGUUGAAGGAGUUUUUGAGCGAGCUGCCGUUGUUAACAAAGCCAGAGCCAGGCGAUGAACUAGUUCUCUAUAUUUCGGUGGGAAUAUUUUCCCUAAGUUCUGUAUUACUGCGAGAAGCUGAAGGAGCCCAGCAGUCGAUUUACUAUACAAGUCGAGUACUUCAAGGCGCAGAGGCAAGAUAUUCCGAAGUCGAGAAGGCCGCCUUAACGUUAGUAAUCACAGCCAGAAAAUUGAGGCCAUAUUUCCUGAACCAUGUGAUAAUCGUGAGUACGAACUUUCAGCUUGAAGAAACCUUGGGUCGACCUACUGUGUCGGGUCGACUCGUAAAGUGGGCAGUCGAGCUCAGUGAAUAUUCUAUUAAAUACGAACCGCGACGAGCCAUAAAAGCCCAAGCCCUGGCCGACUUCAUCCAAGAAGGGACUAAGGGAGCUAGCAAGAAAUGGAUAAUGCACGUUGACGGGUCCUCGGCGGCCAAGGG